CAUACUUUGAAGUAGUAUAUUCAAUGAAAUAAUAUAAAAUUUAAGAAAUGGCUUGUAUAGAUCAAGAACAACAACAACAACAACCCGUAUUUAAGCAUUAUUGUAGGGUUUGUAAGAAAGGUUUUGUGUGUGGGAGAGCUCUAGGUGGGCAUAUGAGAGCUCAUGGAAUUGGGGAUGAAGGUGCAAAUUUGGAUGAUGAUGAUCCAGCAAGUGAUUGGGAAGAUAAGUUUGGAGGGAGUGUUAAGGGAGGUAACAAGAGGAUGUAUCAAUUACGAACAAACCCUAAUCGACAAAAGAGCAAUAGGGUAUGUGAGAAUUGUGGGAGAGAAUUUUCGUCCUGGAAAUCUUUUCUUGAGCAUGGAAAAUGUAGCUCAGAAGAAUCACUAGUAUCCUCGCCCUGUUCAGAGGGCGAGGAGUACAUUAUUAAUGGUGAAAGAAAAGGGUAUGGAUGGUCUAAAAGGAAGAGGUCCUUGAGAACAAAAGUGGGAACCCUUAGUACUUCAACUUAUCCAUCAAGUGAGGAAGAUGAUCUUCUCCUUGCAAAAUGUCUUAUAGAUUUAGCCAACGCGAGGGUUGAUACAUCGUUGGCUGAGCCAGAGGAGUCGUGUGCCUCGGCUAGCAAGGAGGAGGAGCGAGCACGAAACCCCAUGACCUACCUCGCCCCACUAGUGACUACUCGUAUACCCUUGGAUAACAAGGCUAAAGGGGCUUCUUCUAAAGGGUUGUUUGAAUGCAAAGCUUGCAAGAAAGUCUUCAAUUCCCAUCAAGCCCUAGGUGGACAUAGGGCAAGUCACAAAAAAGUUAAAGGGUGUUAUGCAGCCAAACAAGAUCAACUAGAUGAUAGCUUAAUUGAUGAUCAAGAUAUGAAUAUCACACAUGAUGAAUUCACAUUACAAGCUUCAAAAUCAAUGAGGAAAUCAAAAAUCCAUGAAUGCUCAAUAUGUCAUAGAGUUUUCUCCACAGGGCAAGCUUUAGGUGGACACAAAAGAUGCCAUUGGAUCACCUCUAAUUCACCCGAUUCAUCCAAAUACAAUUUCCAUAGUCAUAUGGAGCAAAUUAAUCUACGAUCAAACUUAAGGAAAUCAGGUGAUGCAUUAGAUCUUAACAUUCCAUCACACGAAGACAUGUCACGAGUUAGACGAGACCCUAUGAAUCCAUUGAGCUUCGAGGUCUCUACCGAAAUACAUUUGCAUCCAUGGAAUACUAAAGAUAAUUCCAGUGACAACUACUACCUUGAGGAAAUAAAAAACAAUAACGAUAACAACAACAACAAUAAUAAUAGUUCGACACAAAAUGUAGAAGAAGAUGAAGCAGACAGUAAAUUGAAGUUAGCUAAGCUAAGUGAAUUAAAGGAUAUGAAUACCAGUUCUGAAAAUCCUUCUCAUUGGUUACAAGUUGGGAUUGGUCCAACUACAGAAGUUGGGGCUGACUCAUAAGUUAUAUAUAUGCAGUUAGUACCAUUAAUUUUAAUUUUCUUUUUCUUUU